AGACACAUGUCGCCACCUAUGAGCAAGCGUAGUCCUAUGGCUAAUAUAUUGCUUGAUUUUUUUUUAUGAGAAAACUGUAAAUUUAGAAAAAGAUAGUAACUUGAACUAUUUUGCAAAAAGUCUUUCAAAAAUCGAUAAAAAUUGUUGAAUAUACGUAAACGCAUCUGUUAUCAACUAUAUAACUGUUUAUUUCAAUGAUAUACACACGGAGAAACUAUUUUUUUCGACAUCACACAUAGUUUUGCAAAUUACAUUUUAUGAUAUACCUACGUUAAUCUUGAAGAAACAUAAUUGAGUCAAAAAUCACCACCGAUCGUUAUCAUUGCAAAAGCGCAAAGCAAAAACGAGACUUGUGUCGGUCUUUGACUCAUCCAAAAAAGGGGAAUCACCGCGAAAAAAGAGUUGAAGAAAGAAAGAACGCAAAAGAACCUAGACAUUUCAAGUCGCGCGAUCGCACCCAACAUUUAUCCAGUCGCAGUUCGCUCUUCCCCCGCUCAGGAUGGUGCUUAAAAUGCUUCGUUUAGUGCUUCUUUGCUUGCUAUCUUCCGAGCUUCAUCGUACCAGUGCAGAUAACAGCAUCAGUUCGAACACAAGCUCUAGCGCGGGCUUUGGCUACGAGCUCACGAUGACCGGUUUGGAGGGGAUUCAGUUUAGUAUGCAACAAGAUUUGUUGCGAUCAAAGGAGUACUUUCAAAAGAUGACCGCUGAAAUGGACGAUCUUAAAAGGACCGUUUCCAAUAAUGAGAAAAUGCUAGUUGAUCAAAGGAUCAUGUUGGAUGAUUUUGGAGCGCAAAUCAAAAAGCUGAGUAAAACUGUUGAAACGAUGGAAGACGUCCCAAAGAUUCGAACCCAGCUGGAGCUGCUCGCGCACAACAUUUCGCGACUGCUGGAAGAUACGAACCAGAUUCAUCGUACUCAGCAAGUUCAACCAACAACGGAAAUGCUCAACGAUAUGAUCCUUAGCCUUCUCGCAAACCGUCAUCCAACAGCCCGUAACGGAAUCGUUCUUGAGUCAUCAAAGCUACCCCGCACUUGUAGCGACGUGUCCGGCCACUGGUCCGGCGUUCGCAAGUUGCAUCCGGAACCGGGGUUCGGCGACCCGUUCGAGGCGUACUGCGACCAGGAUUACGAGGGUGGCGGCUGGACCGUGAUCCAGAACCGGUUCAACGGGACGGUUUACUUCUACCGGGGUUGGGCCGAGUACGAGGCUGGCUUUGGCGAUUUGGAGGGUGAGUUCUGGCUCGGGUUGAAGAAACUGCACCAGCUGACCAACGCUAAGCCGCACGAGCUGCACGUGGUGCUGGAGGAUUUUGAGGGAGGUCGGGUGGUGGCCAAGUACGGGCGCAUGGUGGUUGGGGGUGGCUCGGAAAAGUACGCGCUGAACUCGCUUGGGACGUACAGUGGAGAUGCGGGAGAUUCGCUGAGCUGGGCGGUUGGGAACAAAUUUACGACGCUGGACGCGGACCACGAUUCGCAUCCGCCGGACAACUGUGCCACGAUGUACAAGGGCGGCUGGUGGUACGGGGCGUGUCACGGAAGCAAUCUCAACGGACUGUACGUGAAGGGCAAAACGGAGGCCUACGCCAACAUGAUGUGCUGGGAUAAGUUCAAAGGACUCAACUACGGACUCAAGACCUCUCGGAUGAUGAUUCGCGCCACAGCGUAACCGCAUUGUACCAACCAAUUUCACGAAAUAAAUUUAUUAAAGUCACAAUCGAAAGAACACCGUCAUACAGAA